AUGGGUGACGUCGAGCAUGGCGCGGCGAACCCGCUCCGGCCCUACGAGGAGGCCGCGAAGGCGGGGCUCAUCCCCGAGACCUUGCUCGAGGUCUCGGGCAUGCAGUACGCCGUCGGCGAGAAGGUGCUCCUCGAGGAGGUGUCCGUCGUCUUCCAGCCGCGGCAUCUGACGGCCCUCAUGGGCCCCUCGGGCGCGGGCAAGACGACCCUCAUGAACGUCAUCAGCGGCCGCGCGGGCGGGAAGAUCCUCAAGGGCGGCGUCCUCGUGAACGGCGCGCCGACGACGCCGAAGAAGCUCCGCCUGCUCAUGAGCUACAUGCCCCAGGAGGACGUGCUCUAUCCGUCGCUGACCGUCAAGCAGACGCUCUACUACAGCAGCUUCCUCCGGUGCCCCGAGAAGUGGAGCCGCGAGGCGAAGACGGAGCGCGUCGACGUCAUCCUCUCGAAGCUCAACCUCAAGCACGUCGAGAACGGCAUCGUCGGGGACCACACGACCAAGGGCUCCAUCAGCGGCGGCCAGAAGCGGCGCCUGAGCGCGGCCAUCGAGUUCCUGUCGUUCCGGCCCGUCAUGCUCAUGGACGAGCCGACGUCGGGCCUCGACUCGCCGAGCGCGAUGACGCUCGUCAAGCUCCUCCACGACGCGGCGACGGACCAGGGCCGCACGGUGAUCUGCACGAUCCACCAGCCGUCGUGGUCCAUCGUCUGCCUCUUCGACCCCCUCGUGCUCCUCGGCGCGGGCGGCAAGCAGAUCUACGACGGCCCCGUGCCCGGCCUGCCCGCGUUCUUCGCGGACGGCGGCGCGCCGUGCCCCGAGUCGGAGAACCCGGCGGACCACGCCCUGUACGUCCUCGCCCGGGGCGACACGGACGGCUGGCACGCCAAGUGGAAGGCGGGCCGCCUCGGGCAGAAGCGGCCGCCGAGCGAGGUCACGGGCUUCCUGACGAGCGACGACCCCGACGGCCCGCGCGACUACCCCAUCUCGUUCAUGACGCAGUACCGGCUCCUCCUGCUCCGGAGCGUCCACAUCUGGGUCUGCGACCCGUCGCAGGGCCCCCUGGUCUGGGGCAUGACCGUCUUCUCGACCAUCAUGUACGCGUCGGCCUACUUCAGCCUCCACGACUCGGUGUCGCGCGAGCUCGCGAUCAUCACCUUCGUCAUGUUCAUCUACCAGGCGGCGUCGACGCCCCUCUGCGUCGUCAUGCCCCUGGAGCGGGCCGUGGUCCUGCGCGACUACCGCAACGGCGUCUUCUCGACGGCGCCGUACUGGCUCGCGCGCGCGACGCUCGCGUGCAUCAACGGCGUCAUCAUCUCGUUCCUCGCGUGCGCCAUCGUCUACCCCUGCCUGUCGUUCACGUUCAAGAACGCGAUGAUCCCCUUCAAGUUCUACUUCAUGACGACGCUCCUCAUGAGCUGCUGCAUGCUCCUGGGGCUGAUCAUCGGCAUCUCGUCGCCGAGCGCGCUCGCGGCGAUCAAGAUCGUGCCGCCGUCGCUCGUCAUCCAGAUGCUCACGUGCCAGGUGCUCAUCCCCCAGAACCAGUUCCCGGACUACUUCCUGCCCCUCAAGUACGUCAACCUGCUCACGUGGUCCGUCAAGUACCUCAUGGUCCAGGUCUUCGCGCACACGACGGACAAGGCCGGGGACAUCCUCGAGUCGCCGGUCUACUUCGACAUCAGCGAGGGCAACGUCGACUCGUGCGUCCCCAUGAUGUUCCUCCUCUUCGGCGCCCUCUUCGCCGCGGGCUUCGUCGUCACGACCGCGCGGCUCAACCGGCCGGACGGCGGCGGCGGCGGCGCGGCGAGGCCCGCGCCGGCGCCGCGGAAGGUCCUCGACGGCGCCAAGGUCGCGGACCUCGCCGCCGAGGCGUCGGAGCCCCUGCUCGGCGGGGGGCGCGGCGACGCCUACGGCGCCGCGUCCCUCGCGGCCGCGCCGGCGUCCGUGCGCGCGCACGCGAUCACGCUCUGGCGCGACGUCCGCUCGCCGGGCAAGAAGGCGACGCUCCACGACGUCUCCGUGAGCUUCGAGGCGAAGACGACGACGGCCCUCAUGGGGCCCUCGGGCGCGGGCAAGACGACGCUCAUCGACGUGCUCACGGGCCGCACGCUCGAGAACGACCUCGUCGAGGGCGUCGUCACGGUCAACGGCCGCGAGCUGCCCAAGGCCGACUUCAAGUACUUCACGACCGUGACGCCCCAGGAGGACAUCCUCCUCGCGGACCUCACGGUGCGCGACAUCCUCUACUUCACGGCGGAGCUGCGCUGCCAGCGGGACCUGAGCCUCAAGGCGAAGCGCGCGCGCGCCGACGAGGUCAUCGCGCAGCUCGGGCUCCAGGCCAAGGCCGACGUCGUCGUCGGGUCCACGGAGAAGCCGGGCAUCAGCGGCGGCCAGAAGAAGCGCGUGUCCAUCGGCAUGGACCUCCUGGCGAACUGCUCCGUCAUGUGCCUCGACGAGCCGACGACGGGCCUCGACGCCGCGGCGGCGCUGAGCAUCGCGGACGUCGUCAUGUCCCUGGCCAAGGUCACGGGGCGGACCAUGGUCUGCACGAUCCACCAGCCGACCUGGGAGCUCAUCUCGCGCUUCGACCAGCUCACGAUCCUCGUCCAGGGCCGCCUCGCGUUCUGCGAGCAGCCCGCGCAGCUCGCGCCGUUCUUCGCGGGCGGCGGCCACCCGUGCCCGGACAACGAGAACCCCAUCGACUUCGCCAUGUACCGGCUCCAGGACGGGAGCGCCACGGUCUGGACGGACCUCUGGCGGCGCAGCGCCGCGGCCAAGGCCCGCGCGACCGAGACGCUCCCGGCCGACGCGUUCGCCGAGCCCGCGUCGAGGGCCGGCGACUACGACGCCGUCUUCGGCCGCUACCCCACGUCCGCGGCGACGCAGUACUGGAUCCUCCUCAAGCGCUGCACGCUGUCGUACCUCAAGGACGAGGACCAGUCCGUCGAGCACGUCAUGCCGUCGCUCAUGCAGGCGCUCGUCACGGGCCUCGUGUACCUCAACUUCAGCACGAACCUCUACCUGGCCACGGGCAUGUGCUUCGGCGUCAUGGGCGCCUGCAUGAUCGCCUUCAACGCCUUCCUGCUCAACAUCCCCUUCGAGAAGGCGCUCAUCGUCCGCGAGUACAAGAACGGGUCCUACGGCGCGGCGGCGUACUGGGCGUCGCGGAUGACGCUGGCCUCCGUGAGCGCGGCCUGCGUCGCCUUCGUGACGCCCUUCAUCUGGUGGCCGCUCAUGGGGCUGCCGCUCAACGAGCCCAGCCGCGUCGUCUACGCGGCGCUCGCCAUCGCGAUCACGGCCGCGUCCUACGCGAGCCUCGCGAGCCUCGCGGGCGUCGUCAUGCCCGACGCCGUCGCCGCGGCCCAGACCUCGGAGCCCAUCAUCACGCUCCUCACGCUCACGGGCGGCACGAUGCUCACGCGGCCCCAGAUCAAGGUCUACUGGAUGUGGCUCUACUACCUCAACCCGCUCCACUACUGCUACGAGAUCGUCGUCACCCAGGGCUUCCAGGGCCGCCACGGCUCCCACAAGCCCGAGGACACGCUCGACUACUUCCACUACGGCAACGGCCACAUGGGCGCCAACUUCACGUGGCUCAUCACGAUCUACGUCGUCAUCGCCGCCGCGGGCUUCAUCGUCGUGCCGCGCUUCAUGGGGCACUAAACUUAAGUACGGAACAUGGCUGGCUUA